CCGUGAAAUAACAACAGCACACACAGUUGGCUGAGCAUCUCUCCAGUUUCUGCAGCUUCGUCUCACAUUAAAACUGAAGCAAACUCGUCCUGAAACUGAAGCAGAACAAUGUCGGACACAGGAUCAGAUGUGUUUGACGAUGAACAAAAUAAACUGGGGGAGUAUGACGGGGACAGAAAUGAAGCAGGAGAAAGGCACGGAGUCGGGAGAGCUGUUCUGCCCAAUGGAGACAUUUAUCAGGGAGAGUAUGAGAACGGGAAAAGACAUGGACAGGGGACAUAUCGCUUCAAGAAUGGUGCCAGAUAUGUGGGAAACUAUCACCAAAACAUGAAACAUGGACAGGGAACCUUCUACUAUCUAGAUGGGUCCAAAUAUGAAGGGUCUUGGUUGGAGGACUUGAGAGAAGGCCACGGUGUCUACACCUACUCCAAUGGAGACACAUAUGAUGGAGAGUGGCUGCAUCACUUGAGGCACGGUCAGGGCGUCUACUGCUACCACGCAACUGGAUCAAAAUACAAGGGGGCAUGGAUAAAUGGCAAGAUGGAGGGAGCUGGAGAGUACAUCCACACUAACCACAGAUACAAGGGCAACUUUGUCAACAGUUGUCCAUCUGGACCAGGGAAGUAUGUGUUUGACACUGGCUGUGAGCAACAUGGAGAAUACCACCAAGUAGACCAGGACCAAGCUGAAGAUGAGUGGGGUGAGUUGCCCUCUGCUCCUGUCCUCAAGUGGAUUCCCAAAUGUAUCACCAGCUUGACGCUGUGGACUCCUGGCAAAGAGACUUCAGGUGGGGAAACGGAAACGGCUCCAGCAGAGAAGUCAGGAAACUAACGAUGUGAUCAACACACAGUCCUGCAUCAUUCAGUUUUUGUUCAAUGGACAAAAUAACCUGAAUAUAUUGAUAAAAAUGUAAAUACAGCUUGUUAAACUUC